AUGGCGCCGUCCUCGGACGCGCUGUGCGAGAUCCGCAGCGCGCUGACGCUCCGCAGCGCGAUCGGCGCGGGGAAGAAGCGCGCAGAGCACUCCUUCGAGGCGACGACGCCGAUCCAACUCCCCGAGGCUGGACGCGCGAUCCCUCCCGCGACGAAGCCGACGCCGGCGACGUUCGCGACGACGGACGCGCCGACGCGCGCGAGAGGAUGGCUCGCCGCGGUCUUCCUCGGCGCCGCGUUCCCGCCGUCGCCGCCCGUCGCGGACGGCCUCACCGCGCCCGUGGCGUGGCACGCGCAUCAGCCGAGACUCGCGACCGUGGACGGCAGCGGCCGCGUCCUCGUGCACGCGGACCCGGCGGGAAUCGAUGGGCGCGGCGCCGACGACGACGGCGGCGGCGGCGACGGAAGAAGAAGCCCCAAGAAGACAGCUGCGCCGAGCGUGCUGCGCCACUCGCUGCAUCAGGGCGCGCGCGCGCUCGCGUGGCGCCCGAUGGCGGGCGCGACGCUCGCCGUCGCGGGCGCGCACGGCGUCUGCGUUUGGUCGCACGAGCCGAGCGAGUGCGGCGGCGGCGGCGGCGCCGUGAGCGGCGUCGCCGGGAGGGGCCGCAUCGGCGGCGCGCCCGAGUGGCGGCUGCGGCAUCUUCGCGAGGACGCGCCGCUGGAGGACGACGACGCGAACGACCCGUACAAGGCGGCGUCCACGGAGGGUCUCAAUCGCGUCUUCGCGUUCGUGAAGCGGAUGGUGAAGGUGCCGUCUCUCGCGACGGCGUUGGCGACGCUCAGCCCGGCGUCGGCGUUUUCGAGCGUUUCCAACGGGCGCGGCGCCUCCCGAAACCAAAACAAAAACGCCCGCCGCGGCGCCGUUAACAUGUCAAAAGGCGCGUCGUCGUCGUCGUCGUCGUCGUCGUCGUCUCAAGGCCUGUUCGACUCCCCGUUCGGCGGCGGCGUGCUGUACGACACGCUGACGUGGCACCCGCGCGGCGCGCUCCUCGCCGCGGGGAGCGCGGAUCGCCGGUACGUCGCCGUCUGGGACGUGGGCACCGGUCGGUGCGCGCGCGUCUCGUCCGGCUUCGCGGGCGUGGCGAAGCUGCUGUGGUCGCCGUGCGGCGGGUACCUGUUCGCGUCGCACCCGCGCGGCGGGUUCACGGUGUGGGAGACGCGAGGGUGGAGCGCCGCGAAGUGGGACACGGGCGGAGAGGACAGACGGGUGACGGCGGCGGCUUGGGGCCGAAGCGGCGACGGCGACGGCGACGGCGACGCCGGCGGCGCGGUGCUCCUGCUCGCCGUCUCCGGCGGCGGCGGCUCGCUCACGGCCGCGCACUUCCCCCCCUCCGGCGCGCCGAGCCUCCUCGCGCAGCUCCUGCCCGUGGACUUGCCGCGGCUGACCGAGACGACUCGAGACGACGGCGGAGCGCCGGCGCGCGACGACGCCGGCGGCGGCGGCGGCGUCGACGUCGCCGACAUGACCUGGGACCCGUCUAGCUCGCGGCUCGCCGUCGUCCUCGACGCGUCCGCGCCGCGACGCGACGACGACGGCGGCGCGCGCGAGCCCGGGCGCGUCGCGCUGUACGCGACGACGACGCGGCCCGUGGUGCGCGCGUCGCUGUUGGGAUACGUCUCCGCGCCGGGGGUUCGCGACGUCGGGAUGCGGCUCGGCGUCGGCGGGCCCGCGCGCGCGGUGGCGAUGGCGGGGCCGGGCGGCGGGAGGGGCGGGGGCGGCGGAGACGGCGGGGAGGAGGCGUCGAGCACGCUGGCGGUGUGCUGGGAAGGCGGCGGCGUGAGCGUGUGUCCUUUGUACUUCCCUCGGUGA